AAACUCACCAGAAAAAGCUUGGAAAGCUUUGAAUGUUCAUUUCAAUUCGAUGAGUUUAAAGAAUAUCAAGAAAUUAUCAACACAUAGUCACAGUCGUCAAAUAACUGAACUACCACCAAAAGCACUUCAACAGAUCUUUGCAACCUGCUCUGCCACUGACAUGACACGUUGCUCACUUGUAAACAAACAGUUCCGUGAAGUUAUCGAAGAUAUGGAGGAUGAACGCGCGGAGUCUCUCCGUUCUUGCCAGAAGGCGAAAAUUUUCAUCUGUGAUAGAAGACGUGCAAUUCUAGAAGGCGUGAGUACAGUUACACCGUCUCGCCUUCCAAGAACACCAAAAAACAGCGAAUCCUCUGAUUCUGGAUCGGCGUCUUCUUCAUCUAUCGCAUCAACUUCCUCAUCUGAAGCUGAUAGUGUCAGUUCAAGUUCCAAAACAAAAACCAAACAACAACAAACUGAACGAGAAAAGGAAUUGAGAAGGCGAAACAUCAGCGAUCGAACUAAGUCUUCAUCUUCAUCAACUGACAGUUCUGGAAUCCAUUCUAAAGCUACCUCAUUCCUCAGUGAUCAAUAUACGGAUACCACUGAUCCAAAUUGGGCGUUUGCAUUCCACUUCGAUGAAUGGCUGCAAGAGUAUGAUGUGAAUGAUGUCUUUUUCAAAAAUUUUUGCUCAUUCCUUGAACGAGAGAAGAUCGAAGAUCCAAUGUCACCUAGCUCAUAUAAAGGAAGAACCGCAUACUACGAGAAUCAACUUAUUCAAGAUAAGACAACUGCAAUGUCAUUAGCAGAUUGUCAAAUUGUCAGACUCAAUCCUACAGCUGAAUUGGAAAUGAGAAAUCAAUCGGCUGGACGAAUCGAAAGACUUGCUGAUCGACUUUCCAAGAUUCGAAAUGCUCAUUUCAUUUUCAAGGAUUCGGUAUGCUACGGUGCUCGUCCUCCAGUCACAUUCUUUUAUUUCUUAUCAAUGAUGCGAAGGAACACUCGUGCUCUAACAUUCGAUAACGUUCAAGCUGCUUCCACCAUUGAAUUACACGAGGUGUUAAAUCUGUCGAAUUUGAAUCGUUUAACUGUCAUUCAACCACAACAGCAUCAAACGAUUAUGGUUCGCGAUCAACUUUUGAUAAACUGGAUGAAGCUGCCUGAUCAAAUCCGUAAGCGUAUUUCGGUUCAUCUUGUCGGAUGUCACGAAUUCCGCCCACAGAAUCUGUACAACGUUGUUCAAGAAUGGUUGGGACUUGCGAAGCCAGUUGUUUUCAAACAGAUUUCAAUUGAUGGAGGAUCAUAUAAGUACAAUGAAUUCAUGAAUAUAAUUGAACAUCUUCAUGAUAUUAUCGAGAAGCGUCCUCCACGCAGUCCGAUGAAUCGUUCCUUUGGAAAUGAGCAAAAUGAGCACUCAAUUGUUCUUGAGAGAACAUGCCGAAUUCCACAUCCAAAGGAUCGUCGAGUUGUUAUUCAAUUGAAGUAUUGUAAGCCAUCAAGAAGAAUGGUGCUUACCAUUGAAAGAGAGGAUUCACCGAUUCCCGUCACAACACUGACGCCAGUUUCAUCGCUUUCUCGACUCGCUCGUCCACAAUCUGCUGCUUCAGUCCUCUCAACACCGCUUCGAAAAAUUUCCUCCUCGUUGAAGCCCGUGUCUCCGAUUCCCACGAAUAAUAGCCGCCAACUCGGUCGCCCUCUUUCCCACGAUCCAUGUAAUUUCGCCGGAUGUCGCGACAAUGUUGGAAGCAAUAUGUUCACACGAAUUGUCAACUUUUUGGGCACAUCAAGUUAAAUUGUGCAGAAGCUCGAAUUUACCCUCUCCAUUUGUAUAUACCACAUGUAAAUAUUGGUUGUCAAAUUACCUAUUUCCACAUUUUUUGGCUCUAUUUUUGUUAAUCAUCAUCUCAAUCAGCUUUCUUCUUGCAUCCUUUUACACUUCCCGAAUAUCUCCACCAUGACAUAUUUUAAGAUUAUAUUGUCCCCUUUCAAAAAGCUUGUAAUAUCAUCAUGAUAUGAUAACUAUCUUUCUCUACAGACGUCGUGAAUAUUCGCAGCUCUAGUUUUAUUCCAGAGAUACUAAUUAUUUAUAUUUUAAGAAGUUUUAAUUUUUGUGUGACCAAGUCAACGCCUCCCUUUUUCUAACUUUUGUUACCCUGUAUUAUACGAUAGUCUAAAAUAGGGCAACCUCUCUUUCAUUCUCAAAGGCUGACUUGAGAAGGCCUUUCUUCCCCAGGAAGGUUUUCAUUAUGUUUUUUUAAUCUAGGACCCUAGUAUUUAUGUACAGUAUCACAUAUUAUGCUCUUUCGACUCAAAUCCUUCCACUUGUUAUUUGACUCCCGAUUGCUCUUACAUACUUUGCUGCUCAUUGACGCCUCACCCGAAGAAUUGUACGUUGUGUUAUGAUGGUUUUAAUCGAACUUUCUCCCUCAAUAUUCCCUUUUGGUACGGUCGUUCUGAAUUCUGUAACGGAGAGGCCUGCCAUGCUCAAAUUUCCCCAUUUCCCUUUCAAAAUUCCUCAUCCCGGUCAUUGUCUUUUUAUCCGCACCCCACCAGUUCCACAACCGUUUGUCUGUCUUUUGCUCAUAUCCGUUCCUCUCGCCCCGUCCCAAGUAAAUCUUAACGAAAGCAUUAUACCCACUGAUGAUGUUGCUAUCGGCCUUUUUAUUAUUUCUUCUCGCAAUUCUAAUGCUGAAAAUCGGAAAUCUAUUGAAAAAAAACCAUAAAAUGCCAGAAAAUGUGCGAAUAAAUAAUUUUAUUU